CGACCACACAAAGGUUCUGCAUCCGGGUCAGAACUUCCUCUUUCUCUGUGCCUAAAUGUGAGAGGACCUAGGGAAACCUAGCCCUCAAACUAAUCUAAAUCCAUCCUUUAAAAAGGCACACUAAAACGUCGCCAAAAUGACCGAGCAGAUGACAGUAAGGGGGACCCUAAAGGGGCAUAAUGGUUGGGUCACCCAGAUCGCGACUACCCCUCAGUUUCCCGAUAUGAUUCUGUCUGCAUCCCGAGGUAAGCGCUUCUCCGCCCGCUACGAUGGACGACAAUAUGGCUAACCCCUAGCAUGUUAGCCGUGAGUUGCUGAAUUGAUGUGUAGUCGCGACUUCCUUAAUAGUGUGAGUGAUAUAAAGUGAGAUCAAUGUAGGCGGCACGUUGUAUUAAGCAAGUUGUGCUUCAAAAACGCAAUGACUAGUGGAUAAACUGCUCUCUCCAAAUAAGUUUUCCAGCCGACUGCUAGUUAUCUAGUCCUUGGCAGCAAACGUCAACUAUGCUGAUAUCCACGUGCACCGCCAAGUGGCAAAAAUGUUCAGGAGACCAUUUUAUGAAACUUGCAUUUCUAGACCUUCUAAUCUAAUUGUAACUAACAUAGAAACCGAUUACAUGUUCCUGACUGAGACUUGUAUGAAUUUACUUGUCUGUCAGUGAAGACAACAUGCCGGUAGUUAGCUGGCUAGUUAGCUACUUAGCUAGCUUCCCAUACAUGGCUACCAAGUGGUACAAUUUGAAUGGCUAUGCACUUCCUGCUUCUGUCAACAUCCAUGUUACAUUAGCCAACUAGUUAGGCCUACCGAUUGUUUUGGAAAAAUCAACACUACCUUUAUAAAGACACAACUAACCCCUGUUCAACUGCAUUCGCUACCGUUUAAUCAAUUGAAUCAGCAUUAUUAAUUUUUUUCCAGACAAGUCUAUCAUCAUGUGGAAGCUGACCCGUGAUGAGACAAACUAUGGCAUCCCCCAACGCGCCCUUAAGGGACACUCUCACUUUGUGAGCGACGUCGUCAUCUCCUCAGAUGGACAGUUCGCGCUGUCUGGGUCCUGGGAUGGAACCCUCCGUCUGUGGGACCUCACCACGUAAGUCUGGAGGGUUGGUGGGGUGAUGGUUCAGCUUCAUCUAGGGUUCCCAUAAACUACACAUGGGUCAUUCCUGUACUGGAGGGCUACAUUGUGUGCAGGCAUUUGUUCUAGUUGAGGUUUAAUAUCUGAUUCAAAUGAUUUUGGUCUAAACUAAAGACCAGGAUUAAUUUAUAAUUUGUCACUGCAGAGUUUGAAUGAAAGCCUCCAUAGGUAGACGGAGAGUCAAAAUGCUGGUUCCAACGUGGUGAUGAAACUUCCAAUGCCAACUGUAUCUCUGUGAUGAUAAAGAGGCUGUUUCUGAACGCAACCUGCGUUUACCUGUGAAAGAUUAGACAUGGCUAUAUAUAUAAAAUCUCAUGUGCUACCUUGGUUUCUAUAGUGUUGACCUGACAACGCCAUUAGAAGUUUAGUCAUCUGUAGCAUGGAGAUUUACACAACUGUCCACUUCCUUCAAGUGGCACCACCACCCGCCGCUUUGUGGGCCACACCAAGGACGUCCUGAGUGUGGCUUUCUCCGCUGACAACCGCCAGAUCGUGUCUGGUUCCCGGGACAAGACCAUCAAGCUGUGGAACACCCUGGGAGUCUGCAAGUACACCAUCCAGGAUGAGAGUCACUCUGAGUGGGUGUCCUGUGUGCGCUUCUCCCCCAACAGCAGCAACCCCAUCAUCGUCUCCUGUGGUUGGGACAAGAUGGUCAAGGUACGACAAGUGUACAUCACUUGUGACUCACUAGGACAGUGGGAUGCGUUCCUUAUUGAACUAAGCUGAGAUUUUUAAGUACUUGUUAAGGAGGGGUUUGGUUGCUGUAGAUUUAAUAAAUCAAGGUCAAAGAAUGAAUAAUGGUUUCCUGCCCUGUGACGUUUUAUCACCUGAACCUCAGGUCUGACGACAGGUCCUGCAAUGAUGAUGGGUAAAGAAACUAGACUGCACAUUCAUGCAAUGUUUGUAACACUUAAUGGUUGAAACACUUUGACUACAUUUCCCUUAACAAUGUACCCUGACUCACGGUCUCUCUCCCCCCCCCCCCUUUCUGUUUCUAGGUGUGGAACCUGGCCAACUGCAAGCUGAAGACUAACCACAUUGGCCACACUGGCUAUCUGAACACAGUGACUGUCUCUCCCGAUGGCUCCCUCUGCGCUUCUGGUGGAAAGGUAUGAUGAAAGCAUUUUACUAAUAUUUGCUUUUACAAUAUAGAUUUAACAUGUUCAAACUGUUCACCAGCAGUUCUACCCUUGCUUGGUCAAUGUGAACAGGGUAAAUUGAUGCACAGUUCAGUGAUAUGAAUUGGAGUAAUUGAGAAGUAGCAUAGUGAGAAAUGUGCUGGUUUCAAAGUAAUGAUGGAUUCUCAUGCCGUCUGUUUCACUAUGAUGAUAAAGAGGCUGUUUCUGAACGCAACCAGCACUUUCGAGAGUUCACUCACACCUGUCCACUGAGAUUUGUCAUUUAGGGUUCUUAUUGAUGGUGUGUAUCCCCAAUGGACUCGACACUUGAUUGGAUAUCAGUUACCAUUUUAAAGCUAGCAUACAUGUUUUAAUUUGCACCUUCCUUUGACCCUGAGACCCAUUCUCUCCUCCUAUAGGACGGUCAGGCCAUGCUGUGGGACCUCAACGAGGGCAAGCACCUGUACACCCUGGAUAGUGGUGACAACAUCAACGCCCUCUGCUUCAGCCCCAACCGAUACUGGCUCUGUGCCGCCACCGGUCCCAGCAUCAAGAUCUGGGUAAGUCACAUGCGCCAAAUAAAACGGGUGUAGACCUUACCGUGAAAUGCUUACUUACAAGUCCUUAACCAACAAUGCAGUUUUAAGAAAAUAGUUUACUAAAUAAAGUUAAAAACACAAUAACUAAUGAGGCUAUAUUCAGGGGGUACCGGUACCGAGUCAAUGUGUGGGGGUACAGGUUAGUCGAGGUAAUUUGUACAUGUAAGUAGUCCCCUGUAGCUCAGUUGGUAGAACAUGGCGCUUGCAACGCCAGGGUUGUGGGUUCGUUUCCCACGGGGGGCCAGUAUGAAAAUGUAUGCACUCACUAGGUUGCUCUGGAUAAGAGCGUCUGCUAAAUGACUAAAAUGUAGGGGUAAAGUGACUGCAUAGAUAAUAAACAGUGUUGGUUGGAAAGAGUUUGGUGUUGUCUCUAUUCACACUAUUAGUCAAGGCGCGAUGAUGGAAAUUCCAAUGCCAUCUUAUGUCUAUGAUGAUAGAGGCUGUUUCUGAGCUCUGCUAACUGUCAUUUUCUGAAACAUCUGGAUUUUUGGACCAAAGAAUGUGAUUGCCAUGUUCACUUCAUUGAAAUAUGAGUUGGUCCAAACUAAGCACAACCCAUGCCUCCAUCAAUCCUGUUCUCAUGUUAAUCUCCCCUUCUCCUCCCCUCCCUUCAGGAUCUGGAGGGUAAGAUCAUUGUGGAUGAGCUAAGACAGGAGGUGAUCAGCACCAACAGCAAGGCCGAGCCCCCACAGUGCACCUCUCUGGCCUGGUCUGCUGACGGACAGGUAUGAUAUGACCAUUAGCAUCACAUCCCACAGAACUGCAUUAGAACCCUGGGUGGACUUCUAGAACAGGGUCAUGUUACUUCAGUCUGUUAGAAAGCUGUCAGUUGGAUUUCUUUGUAGCCUUGCCCUUUGAUUACAAAGUGACAUUUCUUGCCUGAGCUUUGGCUCUGACGACAAGUCCUGCAAUAAUGAUGGGUACAAGAACGACUACAUAUUCAUGCCCCUUAACACUUGGAAUAGUUGAAACCACUAUUGAUUCAUUGUCAGUAUCUGUUUAGAUUUGCAUCUUCCGGCCAUUUCUUAGUCUCUUGUCUCUCAACAGACCCUGUUUGCUGGCUACACCGAUAACCUGAUCCGAGUGUGGCAGGUUACCAUCGGAACCCGAUAAGGACCUUUUCACAGAUUCAGCAAUGAAUAAAAUACAGUUUUAAAUUAACUUUGUGUCUUGUUUGGUUGAAUUAGUUUGUACGAUGUGUGGUGCAAUUUUGAUGCAGGCAUAUUUUUCAUUGACAUUUUGUAGUAAGUGGGUUGUGAUUCUGUAUUGGCUGCUACAUAUUUGGACA